ACCUGUCGCCUUAUUGGCGCGUAAAGCACAGCAAGAAUACCACAAAGCUAAAAACGCGCGGACUUUAGCGCGACUCCGAGUGCAAAACCCGGGCAAUGCCUCUCCAACACAGAUCGUUCCCUGACAGCAAAUUGUGUAAUCUUUGGAGGGCAAAGCCAAACACAUUGACGUCACUUGGCCCCGCCUCUAGCAGCCUUGUUCGUCUGGAAAUGUAUUUCCGUAAAUAUGAUAAGCCCGCCUCCGGACUGUACCAUCUAACUCAAAUUUCGGGUUUAUGCUCAUAUUGGCGAACGGCUGUAUAACAAGAGACUAGGCAUCUUUGGAUAGUCAACUUCGUAUCUAUUGGUUGUGAUAUAACCAUAUAUUAUGAUCUGCUGUCUGUGUACCUGUUACACAAACACAUGUAACAAUUUGAGCCAAUCCACCCCCUCCCCCAACAGCGAUCAGCUGUGAGAUUGAGCUGCCUGAGAACAAAAACAACCCAGAGGGGACGAAGCAGAAGCUGCAUUGACAGAGGCACGGGAAAGUAUAUUAAUACCUUUCAAGCGGAGAGCAGAAAGGAUUCUGAUAAGCAUAUCCGUAUUGGGAAAUCAGCCCAACACACAGCACACAUUAACGUGUAGACGAAGUAUAUACUAUAUAUAGACUGGAACAGUGCAUGUCUGUGUAAGGACAACAGAGGGCAAGCAGGGUACUUUUUACAUGCUAUAAAAUGCCAUUCAAUAACGAAAAGCCUUGUGGAACUGAGGAGCCAAUGAGUGAUUCUGAUACAUCAAGACUUUCUGAAAGUGCAACAUCUUCCAGCGAUAAUGAGUCUCCCAGAGAAAGCUUCACUAGUGACUCUUCAAGUAAACACACUUCCCCUUCCUCAAGUCCACCAAAGCCAGUGACUUUAGAUGACAUGAUGGCAACUACAAGAAACCUUGGCAACUUAAUGCUUGCCCAUGAAAUUGUCACAAAUGGAAAUUUUCAACUAAAUCACAUAGAUCCUCCCCAAAACAGCUUAGAAGGAAGAGUAAAGCAAAUUGUUCACAAAGCAUUUUGGGAUUGCUUGGAGUCAGAACUGAAUGAGGAUCCACCUCAGUAUGACUACGCUAUCAAACUCUUUGAUGAAAUUAAAGAGAUCUUGCUUUCCUUCUUGACCCCUGGUACAAAUAGGCUCAAGACACAAAUCUGUGAAGUUUUAGAUGUGGACUUUAUAAAGCAGCAAGCUGAGCACAAUGCUGUUGAUAUUCCCAAGCUUGGAAGUUACAUUAUCAGUAUAAUGGCCAAGUUAUGUGCUCCUGUCCGGGAUGAAGAUGUUAAAAACUUGAAAGCAACUGGAAAUGUUGUACAGAUGUUACGUGAUGUAUUCCAUGUUUUGGAUCUAAUGAAAAUGGAUAUGGUCAACUACACUAUUCAGAAUAUCAGACCACAGCUUCAGCGUCAGUUAGUGGAAUAUGAAAGAGGGAAAUUUCAGGACAUCCUUGAGAAGACUCCAGAUGCCCUUAAUAAAACAACAGCAUGGAUUAAUGAAUCCCUUAGAGAUGCCAUGCAAAAACAAUCUGGUGAAAGUUCCUCAGGUGCUAAUGGAGUAUCUAUGGAUAAUCUCAGCCCUACGUUAGUUCUGAAUAGCGGAUAUCUGAAACUUCUGCAGGUGGACUAUGAAAAUGCUGUGCCAGAGACUCUCAUAACUGAUGAUUUGCGCAUACAAGAUUUAAGACGCAAACUGCAACAAGUUAAAAUUGUGGCUUCUGUGUGUCUAGUUACUCAGAAUACAAUGGGGUCUUAUUGCACUUCUGCAUUUACUGAUCAUAUCAAAGAGAUUUCAGCAAUUCUCCUGCAGGGCAUGAACAACAGGGCAUUCAAUUUGAGAGAGACUCUUAACGCUUUAAGUGUUAAGCUCUGUUUUGAAAUGAGCAAAUCUUUGACGGAAAGAGGUCUACCCACACUUAGUUCGGAUGCACAAACAAACUUGCAGGGCCAAAUCAGCAGCAUUAUUGAAAAGGAUCAUCCUAUUUACAAUUUGAUAGAAAAAAGGAUCUAUGAAUACCUAAGCACAUUUCUCUGUCUUCCUUAUCCAUACAAAAGAGUACCCUUGCUUCCUGGAGGCCUUACUACUGUUCAAAAGGAACUUGAAUUUGUUGCAUUUCACUUUGCCAACAUUGUGAACUUUAACAAACAGGUGUAUGGACCUUUUUAUGCCAAUAUCUUCCGGAAGCUGCUUUUCAGCGAGGCGCCAGGGAAAACUGCGGAAACUGUGUCCUCAUGAGAAAAAGAAAAAGAUCUGGAUGGAUUUUUUUUUUUUUUAUGCGAGGGAGGGGGAUUCUAUUCAAAAGAAAAAAAAUGAAAGUAAUAGUUUUAAAUUGACAGUAUUUUUAAGGUUUUAAGAGCAAGUUAUUAUCUUGUCACUUUCAGAGAUUUUAUUUUAUCGGUGCUAAGAUGGCUAAACUUACAAAUUCAGUACAGGGAACCCUUGUUAUCUUGCUCAGAAAGUAUAAUCAUUGUUGAACGGUCUUCAUAGCAACCGAAGUAUGCACAAUGACUAAAUUGGUGCUUUUAUAUUUUGUAAUGAUCCUGUUGUUACAGCUGCAGAAUUUGUCAAAGGCGUAGGACUGAAUUCCUAAAUGAAGGGAAUUUUAGAAAGGGUUGAAGGGCUCAAUAGUAAUUUGGUAGGUGAGAUGUUACAGCAAGCAAACAUGGGUUUUUGGUGGAGUCCUAAUCAUGAAAAGGGAAAGUAUACAAUUGUUCAAAUAUGUUUUGAAAUAUUUUUUGUUUGUAGCACAAGUCAUAGAUGGUCAAGGAGUCCUGCUAUUAUUGAUGUAUUUGGAAGAUACUGGACCCCACAGCAUAAUGUUUCAGGGGCCCCCAUACUGUUUCAUAUACUUUCAUAUACUGAAAUUAUAAUAUUAUAUUAUACAGAACCUUUACAGGGCCCUUUAUAUUUGUGGAACACCAUGCAGUCUUUAGGAUAGAUGUUUUAUUGUUCUAUCACUGGUAAUAUGGGCCUUUUAUUACUCUUCUGGUGCCUGGCCAUGCUUAAAGCUUAGCCAGCAAAACCGUGUGUAAGCACAGAAUUAGCAUGGGCACAGUAUGGGUUCAUUCAGAAUUUUUAGUUGUGCUGUUUCAUUUACUGGAAAAAAAAAAGGUUUGUUUGACAAUGUAUUGCUAAUAAUACACUGGCAUAUGAAAAUAAUCUAAUCACCAGCACUCCUGGAAAUCAGCACACUGUUUUCCUUAUUCGUCUUAAAAGCAAGGGGAUUGUUGAUAUUGAUCCCAAUUCCCAUUGGAAUACAUGCAUGCAUUAGUGAUUUAAACACAUACCUGAAUCCCUUAAUAUUCAUUUAGCUACAGGGAUCAAGUCGGUAUCACUAUAGCGAUAAUUGGGCAUUAUUAUUUAUGCUUCAUAUAACUUCAUAAUGAUGCUUUUUAAUGUUACAUGUUACUUUCAAUAACAACCAAAAUGGUAUUGUUGCAGUUAAUCAUGCAGGACGUAAUAAUGCCUUUGCUAAUUAAUUUUUCACAAGUGAAAAAGGAAUAACCUUGUUUAAUAAAGGCAGUAUGUGUGAGAUAACUCCCGGUUGAAAAUAUAGACGUACGUUGAUACGUAGUUGCACUGUGAGUAUAUUUUGUUGAUGCUGAUUUAUAUUCAAUGCAUGGUCCUUGUCAUGGUUACCUUAUUAACAUGGCUUAUGUAAUCGAGAAGCUUUUUCUAUGAGACGUGGAGAACCUUUUAUGAGAAGUUCUGUUCCAUCAAUUUGAGCAUGCUCAUGCCCAUGUAUGUAAAUCCGGAUUCUCAUAGCUUGUUCCUCUUGUGCACAGUUUAUUCAUGUUACUUGUGGCUUUUACCCCUAAUCUAUAUUAGGCUGCUGUAUUUUAGCAACAGUAGGAAACGUAAAGGUUGCCAAUACCUGGCCUAAAAAAAUGUGACUUAUGAUAACAUGUCACUUAGAAUGCUCAAGUUGUUUAUUUACCUGACUUAAAAUCAUCCUGUACAGUGCUGGGUUUCCUGUGUUUCUCUUAAUCAUUUGCUUUCAGCCACCCAACCUUAUCCGAUAACAUUUCCUGUUUGGUAUACAUUGUAUUGCACCUGAUAUUCUCUUUGCUUUGCACUCUAUUUAAUCUUUGUACAAUGGUGUUUAAAUGUUUUAAGUAUUAUUUCUUUAAAUAUAACCUUGAAUUUUCAUUGAAACAUUUCAUCUAGGUAUUGCUCAAAAGCUAUUCAAUAUUAUACACCAGCAUAUGCAUUUUGAUUACCAUGUCAUGGUGUUGAUCUUGGUUUUUAUUUGCUUGUUAAGGGUUUCUGGUUUUAUCUUCUAAUUGCUACUUUUUAGUUAAGCGUUUUAUUCUUCUGUUUCCAUAUGUUGGUAAGUGAAUUAUAUUAAAUUGACUACAGACCUCUCUACAAGACACAACAUUUCUAGUAGUGAAAUAGCUGAAAUCUGCCCAUUGUGCCAUAGAUUAAAAGCAAAAUAGGGUCAAAGCAAGAAAACAUUAAUAGAUGGCUGGCACGUGUGGUUGAUUUAAUUUUUAUUCUAUUAAUGGCUUUUAUUUCUUCUUCUCUCAGCUAUUUAAACUCCCUAAUACAUGUUGGCAUUAAUUUCAAUCAUUAGUAAGGCAUUUGUAUUGUAAAAAGAAUCUACCAAUAGUUAUAGACUGUUUGGGAGGUCUUCCCAAUACAUUGUUUCAUGCUAUUAGUUGCCUUGCUAAAUAGAUACCAAGAUUUCAGCCCCUUUCGCUCAUUAGCAUGAUGUACGUGUAAAAUGACUUGAUGUACAUGACGUACAUGUAAAGAUACAAGCUUUUAAUAUUUUCAUACAAUCUGCAGCAAUUAUAACAGCAAGCAUUUUUCUUGUUCACCAGUCGUUGGGACAAUACUUCACUGCCAGGUAUCUUUACAGUUGCACUAAAAAUAAUUGGGCUGUAAUGACCCAUGGCCAAAUAAUUGCCUUUUCCAUUUGUUGGACAUAUUUUCUCCUGAAAGCUCUGAACCCUUACAGAUGGUUAUGUUUAAAUUAGUAGACCAAACUUUUUCAGUUCAAGCUCCACACAAAGUUUCAGCCAUUGCUACGAAGGUUGGUCAAGGCCCCCCUUAGCUUAUGAAAUUUAGUAAAGUUAUAGGAAAAUAUUGGUGUUCUAGUCAGUUUCAAGAAUAUCUAGGACAGAAAAAUAUUUGCCCCAAUCCUCACCCUAACCCUUCAGGCCUAAUCCCGUUGACACUGUUCCAAUACCCCACAGAGGGCCAAUUUGGGAACCUCUGGUUUAAAGGAAACCUUUAAAAAACAUUUAUGUUAAAUUGUUCAGAGUGCUAUUCUAAGCAAUUUUGUUUUUUACAUUCAAUUUUUUUGAGGAUCAAAAGAUAUGAAGGAAAAUGUAUUCUGUCAAUAUAAUGAAUUUUGCAGCAAUACCCCCACCAGCUGUUCCAUUUUACAACUGAAGCUUGCAUAACCAGUUAGAAGAAAGAAAACAGAAAAGGUUUUCUGUUUUUCUAGUCACAUUCUCCCAGAUUAUAUCACAGUCAGGAAACUGUCUAGAAUGUGGCACAGUUGUUAUAAUAGCAGUAUACGUUUUCUUAUCUUGGAAUUUAAAAAAAAGAAAAGAGGACAGGGAUUAGAAUAGCUCUCUGAGCAAUUACAAUUAUUUGAAAGGUUCACAUAUUUUUUUUAAAUGUAUCCUGUAGUUACUGCCUCUGUUAAUAGAAACACACCAUUUAGUAGCAACUUAAAAGAAUAAAUGUAUAAAGAAUCUAUACAGAUGUUUGUGCCUAACAUUUCUUUCCCAAAUUUCGUGUUCUCAUGCAAGUAACAAAAAACAUGGGGGGGGGAGGUUGCUUUUGAAAUAAUUCAGUUGUUGACAAUAUUGUACAAAAUUGAGAACUAUAUAAAUUUGUAUAUGGUGUAACACAGCUUAUUUGUUCUCCCCUCUUUUACAGAGUUUAUUUCUGUGUAAUAAAAUAUAUUGUUCA